AUGAUUAUAAAAUUAGAAAAAAUAAUAAGCUGCUCGUCAGAGCACCCUUCGUACCCGGCGUCGAACCUUUCAUGCAAGCCGUCACCAGGUCCAUGGAAAUGUGCGAAACCUGGAGAAAUGCUUGCAGAAGUAGUAUUCGAGCUACCAGAGGCUUCAUGCAUAACUGGUAUUAAUAUUGAUAAUUACAGGUCCUGUUUGGUGAUCAUCACCGCUGCGACUUUUCAGGAGCCGGACAAAUGGGUGUUCAUAUUGAACCACCAGUUCAUGACCCGCGACGAGGCAGUAAAUAACAAGUUCAAGGAUAAGGUCCAGGUGUUUACCAAAAAGGAGCUUAAUCCUGAUACUGUUGACAGGAAAUUCGAUAGGGUGAAAGUCACCUGCAUGCAGCCUGCUAAUUUGAAAGAAUUAUUCGGGCUAACUUCCAUUACUCUUAUAAAUUCUGGUAAUUUUAAAGAUGAUGAUAAUAAAAGAAAUGGUGGUAGUAAUUUUGAUGAUAAUAAUCAUGAAAAAAAUAGACUGAGUGAUGAUGAGCAGGCUUCUACUUCAGAAGUUGAUAGAAGUAAUUUGACCAAGGAUAAAAAUAAGUGUCCAAUUUGCUCGAAAAAUUCAGGUGAAUUGUGCAAGACAUGCAAGAAGUUGUCUGCUCCACGUGAUAAUUCACCACUAGUGAAAACUAAGAAAACUAAGACUAAAGAGUCUAAGCCUAGAGUAAAGAAAGAAUUUUCAAAGCUGCUGAGUGACGUAAGGUUCUCUUUGAGCGGGUACGUCAACCCUCAGCGGGAUGAAAUCAGGAAGAAAGCACUGAAAAUGGGGGCUAAGUAUGUCUCUGAUCCUAAUACAAGGGAAAAUAAAUGUACUCAUUUAAUAUGUGCUUUUAAAAACACGCCUAAGUACCAGCAGUUUCGCGGUCGUGCGAAAAUUGUUUCUAAGGAUUUUAUUGAAGAAUGUUUUGAUCACAAAAAGAGGUAUCCUUGGAGAAGAUAUGCUUUGAGUAGCAGUGAUAGUAGGAGAGCUGCUGAAAGUGAAGAAGAAGUUGAAGCAUCAACUUCACCAGCAAGACCGGCGAAUCCUUAUGAACAGGAUACUGAUUCAGAUGAUUAA